AUGGUUUCCACGCGCUCCUCUUCCGUCGCUCUCAACUCCACCCCGGAGACGCUGCCCACUCCGGCCAAGACCCCGCGCUCCCGCAAGGCGGCCUCCCGAACCACCUCCUCGGUCUCGGCCUCGGUCUCGGCCGCGCCGUCCGCCUGGUCGCACACCCCCACCGCUCUCACCCUCCUCUGGCUCGCAGUCUCCUUGCCCCUCGUCACCUGGGACACCGGCUACGUGCUUGGUCGACCUCUAACCAUGGAGGGCGGCAGCCUUCACUGGCCCAUCUGGACGCCCUACAAGCUCUACGGCGAGGUCGACCAUAUCUACGGCUGGAAAGCUUUCAACGCCGGUAAUGGCUUCACUAGUGCGCAGGGCACCCUCAACGUCAUUGAGACCGUCAUGUACAUCGCCUAUGUCUACCUCUGGAACAAGAACAAGGCCGCCGAUGGCAGCGUACGGGGCCGCGAAGGCGGCCUCGCCCUCUUGCUUGGCUGGGGCGCCGCCCUCAUGACGUUGAGCAAGACCGUUUUGUACUGGCUCAACGAGUACUAUGCCGGCUUCGACAACAUUGGCCACAACUCUCUUGUGAACCUCAUCUUCCUCUGGAUCAUCCCCAAUGGCGCGUGGCUCGUCUUCCCUACUUACAUGAUCUUUUCCAUGGGCUCCGAUAUCCUCGAUGCCUUCACUCUAGCUAGCCACGACAAGUCUGAGUAA